AUGCUGCAUCGAUCUACAAACGAAUCAGCUUCGAAUGCUAGACACCAAUCUCAUGGGAAUGCCAGACGCACUUCCCACUUGGGAACACCCCAUCUGCAGCAACAGCAACAGCAACAGCAACAGCAACACCACCCAUCGCAAUCGCAAUCGCAAUCGCAAUCGCGUCACACACAGCAAUCACAAUCACAACUGAAAAUGCUGUCACAACAGCGCGAGAAACAGGAGUCUUCUGGCCUACCUAGGCUGUCUCGCAUUGAAGAAGCCAUUGCUUUGAGCGAUACAAGGCCAUCUUCGUCCAAUUUCAUAAAGAAAAACACGAGUUCGCUAUCUCCAGGAAAUUCAGAGAUCAAGCCAAAACCAUUUGUUGUUGUACUAAGCAAUGUAUCACUGGAUACACAAGAGACUGAAAUAGAGCUGUUGAUACAACAAACACUAAGCGGUGACAGCUUCAAAAUCAUGAAAGUUACCUCAACCGAGCCUGCAAAAGUUACAAUCAGGAUUGAAAAUUUCGCCACCAGCAACAAGUUAGUACAAGCAUUGAAUGGAUUUUUUUGGAAGGGGUCUACUUUAGAAGCCCAACUUGAUCUUAAUGCAACUGAAAAGUCAUCACCAAGUCCUGGCUUCAGCAAAGGAGCUAACGAGCCAUUCAAACCUGAGUUUAAUCGAUCUUAUGUUCCACCACAGUAUCGCCAGCCAUCACUACUGAGGAAGAACAAUUCCUUCUAUAGACCACAGAGGUCAACCAACUCCGUGCUGUCAUCAUUCGAUUCCCGCAGGUCGACCACUGCGGACUCCAGAGCCAGCAGUCAUGCCAGCUCCAUAUUUUCAAACUAUAGCCAUAGACAUUCGAGUAAUUUUUCAACAAUAUCUACCGGCCUGGUGUCGGAGAAACAGAAUCUUCCAUCGAGUAUUGAAAAUUCAGAACAAGGAGCCCUAGCCUUAGGGCCAGAACCAGGUAUUGAAGAAGGGGAGGAGUACGAGGAGCAGCAAGUAAAUGAGGGAGAUACUACAGAAGAACAAAAUGAUGAAGAACAAGUCAACGAAACUGAUAUCAACGAAGUCGCAGAGGAAGAGUUUAUCGAGAUACCCGAAGGAGAAGGCGAAAAUCCUGAUCGAUUGAUAAAAGUGAGUCCUACGCGAAUAUUCGUGGGUAACGUCCCAUACAGUUCAAACUGGGCAUCAUUGCGAAAAUUCCUUUUAGAUAAAUUGUAUGAAAAGGAUCCUGAAAACAACGUAUCCAUACUAAGAGUUGAAAUUCCAAUUCUGCAAAUGCCACUAAACGAAGGAUUAUUUUACGGGCAAGGUGGAAUGGGCCAGCCUCGAGUAUUAUCAAGGAGUAGGGGGUUCGCAAUUGUAACCACCAAAGAUAGAGCAUCGUCGGAAAAGUUAAUUGAGUUGUUGAAUGAUGUGGUAUUCGAAGGACGUGCACUAACUAUAAGAUAUGACAAGUUCCCUCAGUUUGACAACUACAUCGUGCAGCAGCUACAUAAAGCACCCUCUUUCUCAAGAAAUAACACCAACGCAUUCGGAGGACAAUACUAUAACCAAAAUAUAUACCCAUCGUCUCAAGGUUACCUGCACCAAGUACCGCCAAUUCCAUUUUUGCCACAACAGGGGACACCGUACAAUACUCACCAAAAACCCACAACAAAUGCGACAGGCUCCUCAUUGUUGAGCAAUUUGGCCUUUGAACGAAACCUGUUACAACAAAAGAUCUACUACCGCAAUACCACCGCUUCACAACAGCAACCACCUUAUUCGACAAACACUCCUGUUUUACAGCCAGCCCCAGCCCCCGCCCCAGCUCCAGUGCCAGUGCCAGUGACAAUACCGCCUCCACCAUUAAACCAAACCCAGAAUGUUCCGUUUUCGGCAAAUGCGAGUCAAAAUAUGCUAGCGGCGGGGUAUUAUUACAUGCCGUACUACUAUCAAGCUCCUCCACCACUUGGUUCCAGCAUGUACCACCCUUAUGGGCCUCGUUACGGUGCUGAAGCUUCUCCAACAGCAGCUUCAGAUCCACUCCCGUCGCAAUAUGGUGAUCCUAACACCAGCAUCCCAACUUUUCGACCAAGCGGGGGCGGACAAAGAGGGUAUAGACACAGUACCGAAGAGCAGCAACAACAGACAGGUGAACUUUUCCAAAACUUGUCGCUAAAUGAAAAUAAAUAG